UUCCCGGGCCGGUCGCGUUUGAUUGGUCGCGUGCGCCGAAUUUCUCAUGCUUUGUUGUAAAUAUUGUGGGCUUGACAGUUGGGCGUCAUUAAAUGGACCUCCUGGACAAUUACUUGUACAGUGGUUCUUCAUAUAGCCCCUCCUUCACUGAUCUUUUCCUUGGAUCUAUCCCCAGGUUCCUUUCUUUUGUCCAUCAUUAUCCCAGUAUACCCCAGCGUUUGAGCGAGAAUAGACUCUUGUUACCCAUUCCUUUGAUUAUUAUUCUUUUCCUCUGUUGAGUCACUAGACAUACACGGUUACACGCCUGAAACGACGCGCCCUGAAAUCAACCCUCGUUACCCCAGUAAAUAAUAUAUGGAUUGACGGUCUACCUAAAUUCGAGAGCACGUUACCGCAAUCAACAUGGAACAAGACUUCCCUAUCCACCAGGCAUUUCCCUUCUCUAUGCAGAGGAACCGCCUGGCGGAACUCCUUACCGCAGAUGUGAUAGCUGCAGCAGGCUCAGCAUCACUGAUCACUCCGGCCGUCAUGAUUCUUGACCGACUUGUCGUGGAGAAGUCUUCACACAAUCAGCCUCUCUUGCCAGCGUUCCGCCGACAUCUGUGGCUCUCCAUCACUCAGCCAGCGACUUUCCUCACAUCUCGCCCGAGCCUUCUAGUUUGGGGCCUCUACACCGCAACCUUUGCAGCAGCAAAUGCCACAGAAACAAUCCUCGACCGGGUUUACCCUGAUGUCGACCACGCCAUUGCGGGAAUGGCGACGUUCCUCUCCACAUUCGUCGUCAACUCGUCUGUGGGCAUCUGGAAAGAUGUCAAAUUCGCCCAGCUCUUCGGUCACCCCCCAGCUGCAAAGCCAACCAGCCCCAUCCCCAAUCCCACCCCCGUCUCCAAGAGCGGUUUCCUCCGCCGUUCCAUCCGCACCAUGCCACUAGCAACCUACUCCGCCUUCCUUCUCCGUGACGGUCUGACCAUCUUCGGCUCGUUCAAUCUCCCCGCCGUGGUAUCCAGCUCCGUACCCGACUGGAUUGCCUCCCGCGAUUACGCCAAGAUCCUGUUCGCCCAACUCGCCAUCCCCGCCUCCAUCCAGCUCGUCAGCACACCCAUCCACCUCCUCGGCCUCGACCUCUACAACCGCCCGAUGCAGCUGCCCGCUCGCGACCGAAUCGCCCGCGUCAGCCGAGACUGGAUCGGUGCGUCCCUGACGCGCAUGUGCCGGAUCAUCCCGGCAUUUGGCAUUGGUGGAUUCGCCAAUACCGAGGGGCGGGCAUUCAUGCACCAGCAACUCCAGCUAUGCGGGGAGGAGUAUGAAAACGAGGGCUGAGUUAAUCCCUAUCUUAUCGCGAAGGCAAAAAAAAAAAAAAAUCACUCACGCCACGAUCGGAUUGGCCACUGGUGGACAACGACCCACUCGGAAGUGGCUGGCAAUGACCGGAUCGGGUUGAACUG